AUGGAAGAUGAAAACACUAAUCCUCCCGCUUGGGCAACUGCCCUCCUCCAACGUAUUAACCAUUUGGAGAGUCGAUUGGCUACAGCAAAUAUCAUUAACGAUGAUCCUAAUGUGCAGCUUCGCUCUCCUGGCUCUGAAUUUACACCAGAUGUUCAGAUGUUGGAACAGCACCCGUACUUGGAAGAGGAUUUCCUCAGACGACCUCUAUCAGAUUCAGAUAGACGAAAAUAUUUCUUCGAGUGUCCUAAGAAUUCCAUCCAACAAUAUGACCCUCCAAAACUUAACAAAGUUAAUGUUUCAGCCGCACACAAACAAUUUGAUUCACAUCUUCAUCAAAUUCAGUUUACGUAUCAACUCCAAAACAAUCAAUGGGAACCUGAAGUUCUUCACAAUCAAUCCCGCAAUUUUGCUCAUACCAUGCAAGAGUUACUUUCUAAUUUGGCCUCACACAUCACCCAAAUUCGUACAGAUAAUAUGUUCAAGGGACUACCUGCGUCUCUCGAGCCCCCAUCUCUUGAUACAUCUGAAACUUCUUUGUUGGAUAAUAAAGAAAUGGUGGAACAUAUUAAGUUACAACAAUCUGUUCAGAAUGCCACACAAGCCAAAAAACACAGCCACAGGCCCCGACCUCACCGCUUUGCGCAACCUACUGGAUCCUCUCACGCCAGUACCCACCCCAAUUCUGGUAAUCCGACACCCAUUCCAAAAUCAACCCAGCCCCAACAGGCCACCUCAAACACCAAUGCCACCCAAUCACAGGAGGGUUUUCAACGUCGCUCACCCCCUCGACGACCUCUUUGA